AUGAUAAUUUUUUUGGUAUCUUCAUUGAUAAUCUUAUUAUUCGUAUGCUCAUUACUUUAUAUAAUGCAAGUAUUAAAACACAUCAACUGGAAGCCAAGAAGAACUGGUCGUAAUACCGAAGAAACGAGUGUUCCACUGGAAGAGGCAUCACUCUGUUCGUCGUCUGAUUAUAGGGUUGUUCCUAUAAUCGAUCGUGAAACGAUUCGAAUCGAUUCAAAAAUUGGACAGCCGAUCGUAACUCUACUCCUUGAUCUUUACAACGUUUCUUUAAACGAAUACAUUCUUUUUAGUGCUCUAAAAAAUUGCAAUAAGCAAACGAUUAAGUUUAAGGGUGCAUUCGGUGAGGUGUUCAGCGCAGAUUGGUGUGGCUCACCAACGGGAAGGGUUGCGAUAAAGACGUUGUAUCAUCUUGAAAGGGAUUACUCUGAAAUCGCCAAAGAAGCACGCUUAUUAACGCAACUUGAACAUCCGAAUAUUGUUCGUUUAUUCGGCAUUGCUAAAGAAAAGCAACAAGUCCGUUUCGAUUGUAUCCGAAAUUUUUUUUUGAAUUAUAUCAUUUUGCCAUUAUUCAUUGACUUUGUGACGUUGAAUUCAUUGAUUUUUGAUUCAUUCAACUGA